AUGGCACAAGAUGACACCGAAGAUUCGCGGGGUGUUCCCAUGGCCGUGGAUAUAGAAAUGACCGUGACGAACGACGACCCCAAACUGUUGAAACAUGCGCCCGAUGCAGAUGAGGCUAUGAAAGCCUUUGUAGAGAUGCAGGGGGAAGCAAUUGAACUGGAUGAAGCAACGAACCGCCGUCUUGUGCGUACGAUUGACUGGCAUAUUAUGCCGAUAAUGUGUUUCGUCUAUGCAAUGAACUUUCUCGAUAAAACUACAUUAUCUUACGCCAGUAUCAUGGGUCUGAAAGAGGAUCUCCAUCUGGUUGAUGAUCAGUACCAAUGGCUUGGUAGUUUGUUCUACUUCGGCUAUAUCGCCUGGGAAUAUCCAACAAACCGCCUCCUGCAACGAUUACCACUAGGCAAAUACUCCGCAGCAUGCAUAAUAAUCUGGGGAUUAAUCCUCAGCUGCUUCGCCGCAGCGAAGAACUACCCAGGGGCAAUCGCAAUCCGCUUCUUCCUAGGUGUAUUCGAAGCAGCCGUCACACCGGGUUUUGCACUCCUCACCUCCCAGUGGUACACCCGCACCGAACAAGGCAAAAGAGUAAACAUAUGGUACAGCUUCAACGGCUGGGGCCAAAUAAUAGGCGGCCUCGUAGCCUACGGAAUAGCAACCGGAACGCGAAAACACGGCUCCCUAAUAGCCCCCUGGAAAAUUGUCUUCCUCUUCACGGGCCUGCUAACAAUAUUCCUGGGCCUGGUCUUCCUCUGGGUCGUACCAGAUAGCCAACUCAACGCUCGCUGGCUGAAGAAACAAGACCGCGUCCUUGCUAUUGCCCGUGUGCGCAUUAACCAGCAGGGAAUUGGGAAUAAGCAUUUCAAGUGGUAUCAGGCUAAAGAGGCAUUGCUGGAUCCUAUGACUUGGGCUUUCUUUCUUUUCGCGCUUAUUGCUGAUAUUCCGAACGGGGGGAUUACGAACUUUUUUAGUCAGUUGAUCACCAGCUUCGGCUAUACACCCGAACAAAGCCUACUAUAUGGCACACCAGCGGGAGCAGUCGAAGUCGUGGCCCUACUGCUAAACGGCUACAUGGGCGACCGGACCGGGCAACGAAUCCUAUGUAGUCUAGGCGGACUACUGACAGCGACGGUUGGAGUCGUCCUAAUUGUGGCAUUGCCACUGGAGAACAACAUCGGGAGACUGAUUGGGUAUUACAUGACGCAGGCAUUCCCGACGUCAUUUGUUGCGCUUCUGUCGUUGAUUGCAUCGAAUGUUGCGGGAUAUACUAAGAAGACGACUGUGGCUGCUUUGUAUCUUAUUGGGUAUUGUGCUGGGAAUAUUAUCGGCCCAUUAACGUUCCGCCCUCAAGAUGCACCGCGCUACAUCUCUGCCGAGAUAAUCAUCAUCUGCUGCUGGGGCGUGUCAGUGCUGAUCCUGCUUUAUAUUUGGUGGUGGUAUAAUAAGGAGAACCGACGGAAAGCUGCUAUCGUUUCGAGGGCUGACUAUGUGAGAGUGGAGAACCGGGAGUGGCUGGAUCUUACAGACCGGGAGAAUCAUGAUUUUGUUUAUACGCUGUGA